AUGGCGAGGCUCAGUCAGGUGGAGAUUGAGGGCGAUGACUGGAUCCUCAUUGACCGUACUGUUGACGGAACGACGGCGCUGGAGGAGUCGUGGUAUGUAACACCACCCGCAUGUUUUACACGGGCUGGUCCCGUGAACGUAGAAACAUCACCGCUAGAGGACCUGCUGAUAGAGCAUCCUAGUAUGUCCGUUUACCGAGCCACAGCGCCUUCGAUCGCUCCUGAAACUCCACCGCCAACGCCAGACGCACCGGAAGAACGAGUCGUCGAGGAGGACGCUCUGCCAAACGUUGCUUCCAGUGCACCGGUCACCGCAACACCAGCAUCGCCGGAACGUGCCCCCGGCAGAAGCCAAAAUGGACAACAAGCAACCCGUAGACCAGACACCCGCGACGAAAGACCUCGUGCACGCACUGAGAAGAGGAUAGUUCAGCUUCGGUCGGCGCAAAAGGUUUACGAGAAGAGGACUACCCAAGCACUGAAGAGAGGUCGCCUGGAGAGAAGUAACAAGCUGAGGGAAGUGUUGAGCGUAAAAGGCAAGCGGCCGCGCCGCCAAGACCGCUUGCGUAUCCAAAACAGUGGCGCGAACAACAACCGGAAAUGCUAG